UGGAGGCGCUGUUGCAGCCAGUCACCGUCCAGAUAAUAACAGCAGGAAGAAGUCCGGCUGGGCAGCAUCAUGCCCGCUGCUGUGAUCAUGGAGGAGAACUUUGAUCAGCUAUUGGAUCAGUGUGAAGCGCAGGAGCUGGAGGCUCCAGGAGGCAUCGCAACUCCCCAGGUCUACGCUCAGAUGCUAGCGCUGUAUCUGCUCAACAACGACAUGAACAACGCCCGCUAUCUGUGGAAGAGGAUUCCUCAAGCCAUAAAAUCAGCUAACCCUGAGCUAGCAGCUAUCUGGACCGUCGGCCAACGCAUUUGGCAGAGAGACUUCCCGGGGAUCUACACGGCCAUCGCUGCCCACCAGUGGUCCGAGAAUAUCCUUCCUGUCAUGGAGGCCCUCAGAGAGAGCAGCAGGCAGCGGGCCUACAGCCUGGUGGCGCAGGCCUACACCUCCAUCACAGCCGAAGACUUCGCUGCCUUCGUGGGCUACACGGUGGAGGAGGCGGUGAACGGUGUGGUGAGUCAAGGCUGGCAGGCCGACCCAGCAACCAGGAUGGUAAUGCCCAAGAAGCCAGACCCGCCCCCGGUGUCGCUGGUUCCUAACGAGCAGCAGCUGGCCCGGCUCACUGACUACGUGGCAUUCCUAGAGAACUGAAGGCUCCCCUGGUUCCGCCGGAGGAGAGGUCGCUGCUCCUCCUAUUGGACCGACACCUGGAUUCAUCCCAUGACCCCGCCCCCGCUCAGACGACGACAAUGAUGAUUGGCUGUUUGCAGCCACCUGAUGUGUAAAUAGCUCUGAGUAUUGCUGUUUCAGGCAAAAAUGGAGAGAACCUCGACUACUUUCCACCCGACUUCCUGUUUCCACCCGACUUCCACUUUCCACCCGACUUCCUGUUUCCACCCGACUUCCUGCUUCCACCCGACUUCCUGCUUCCACCCGACUUCCUGUUUCCACCCGACUUCCACUUUCCACCCGACUUCCUGCUUCCACCCGACUUCCUGUUUCCACCCGACUUCCUGUUUCCACCCGACUUCCUGUUUCCACCCGACUUCCUGUUUCCACCCGACUUCCACUUUCCACCCGACUUCCUGUUUCCACCCGACUUCCUGUUUCCACCCGACUUCCUGCUUCCACCCGACUUCCUGUUUCCACCCGACUUCCACUUUCCACCCGACUUCCUGUUUCCACCCGACUUCCUGCUUCCACCCGACUUCCUGUUUCCAUCCGACUUCCUGUUUCCACCCGACUUCCUGUUUUGGCUGCUGAAUAAACGUGUUUCUAUUUCUA